UUGGUGGGCGUGGAUUCAGAGGAGAAGCUUCCUGCUCGGGUGAACACGUGGUUCCGUGUCUGCCUCCCUGCUUGUCUGUCAGUGUGAAGGUUUCCAGCCCUUCUCUCAUACCUCUCCCUAUUUAUCCUCCCGUACCACAUUGCAGACCUUAUCCUUUCUUUACUCCGUCCCACCCGCACCUCCUCCAUCUCCUGCUACACUUUGCUUCCUGUCUUUGCGACGGCUCCCGGGACUGCCGACACAGCCAGGCCUCGGUCACUUCAACCUGGAUCCGCUCACAGAGGGAUAGAUAGGGAGAGAGAGAGAGGGAGGGAGAGAGAGAGAGGAGGAGGAGUAGUGUGUGUGUGUGUGUGUGUGUGAGAGAGAGAGAGAAAGUGAGUGUGUGAGUUUGUGUGCGCGCAACCGGUCCAUCCGUGUUAUUAUUUCUCCCACGAUCCCGCCUCGUUAUUCGGCCAUGACGCUGGAAGCGAUUCGCUACCGGUCCGGGUCUCUGCAGAUCCUAAACCAGCUGCUGUUGCCACACAAGACCGCUUACGAUGAGAUCCGCUCGGUGCAGGACGCUUACGAGGCCAUCAAGUCCAUGAAGGUGCGGGGUGCCCCGGCCAUCGCCAUCGUCGGCUGCUUAAGCCUGGCUGUGGAGUUGCGGGCAGGUGCCGGGGGGGAUGAUCCCGUGACCUUUAUUAGGGAGUCUCUGUGUCACCUGACCUCUGCUCGGCCCACCGCCGUCAACAUGGGCCGCGCCGCCCGCGAGCUGAUGGAGUUUGCUGAGAACGAGAGCAUGGAGAAGAAUUCGGAGCAGCUCAGAGAAAGUGUAAUUGCCUGGAUUGAAGACAUGCUGGAGCGUGACGUCAACGACAAUAAAAAGAUCGGAAACUAUGGCGCCCAGCACAUUCUGUCUGGCGUUCCGAGGGACUCUGUUACCAUUCUCACUCACUGCAACACUGGCUCGCUGGCCACUGCUGGAUAUGGGACCGCACUCGGUGUGGUGCGAAGCCUCCACACGCUGAGCAGGCUGAAGCGUGUGUACUGCACAGAGACGAGGCCAUACAACCAGGGAUCCAGACUGACGGCUUAUGAGGCGGUAGCAGAGGGAAUCCCUGCUACACUUAUUACAGACAGCAUGGCAGCCCUCACCAUGAGAGAAAUGAACAUCACAGCUGUGGUGGUCGGUGCAGACCGGGUGGUUGCCAAUGGUGACACUGCCAACAAGGUGGGCACAUACCAGCUGGCCAUUGCCGCAAAGCACCAUGGGAUUCCAUUCUAUGUUGCCGCACCGAGCACGUCAUGCGACUUGAGCCUAGAGAGUGGCAGGGACAUCAUCAUUGAAGUGCGCCCCCCUGAGGAGCUCACCAGUAUAAAUGGAAUCCCCAUUGCUGCCCCGGGUAUCGAGGUGUGGAACCCAGCGUUUGACGUGACCCCUCACCAGCUCAUCACAGGAGGCAUCAUCACAGAGCUGGGCGUCUUCCUCCCGUCUGAGCUCCAGGCAGCACUCACCGGACGCCUCACUGCCCUGUAGAGCCACCCAGCCCCACCUGCUGGUCCGUGUGCACCACUGCACCUUAACGUCACACACUCAAAGACAUUUCAUCAUCAUAAGUUCAUCACACAACACACACACACACACACACACACACACUCAUAGUUGUGUUUUGAUUUAAUUUUGGUCAAUGCACAGUCCCUGUCACAUGUCAGUGGUGCACACAGAAAAAAAUGUUUAUCAGUCUCUUACUGACCCACAUACACAUUCACUGCAGGGAUUCAAGCAGCGCACUUCACUUUCUUUUAUGUCCGUCUUUUUUUUUUCUAUGGUCUUACCAAUUUCACUUUUUCCUAAGUUUUCCACCCCAUUUUUCAUUCUCUCUUGCCGCCUCUUUCUCAUGCUAAAUGGCUUCUGUGACAACGAAUAGCGAUCAGCUGAACUCAAUCCCAUAAAUUUUAUUUGGUAAAAAAUUAUAAAGUAAUUUUUCAGGACUUCUUUAACUACAACCUAAAAAAACUGGAAAAUGGAGGAAAAUGUCUCAGUGGCAUGACUGUUUUAUUUCAUUUCAAAGUAGUGUUUUUUUUCCUCAGCCACGGUUUUUAUUGCUGCUACCCACUUGUAAAUAAAUACAUAUUCUUGCUGGUAGUGUGUACAUAUGUAGAAAACUAACCCCUGCUAGUCAAAGGUACUGCUAUUUUAACCAAAUAUGUGGUUAUUUAAAAAUUAAAUUCGACAUAAAUGUUAUAUUAACAUUUCAUUUAUUUGCCUAGAAACCUUUUUGUAGAGGAAUUAUCCAAAUUUAUAGGUCAUACAUUUUCACAACCAGAUUUUUAGUGAUAUGAACAAUUGUAUUUCGCUCUCACUUGUUACCCCAUGCGGCAAAAUUUGGAAUUUCUUGAUCGGUAGUCGUUAGUCAGCUGAAGCCUAUGACAAUACAUGUAUUUAUACCUCAUUCCUUGUUUGUAUCUUGCUAUUCCCAGCUGUAUUGUAUCAUACCAUACUUGUAUUCUCAUAAUGUAUUUAUAUAUAUAUAUGUGUGUAACCAUAGUUAUUUCAGCACCAUACAAUUAUUCACCAUACUGCAAAAGACGCUAAGAUUGAAGAAUCAAAAAACAAACAAAAACGUAUGAGGGAAAUUGUGUAAUUUUUGCCAUAACAGCUUUUGCCAUGAUCUCAGAGGUCUGUUAUGCUGUUGUAUUUCUGUAAUACAGGCAUCGCCAUUAAAGUAAUAGUUCACCCCAAAAUAAAGGUUUUGUCAUCUGCUCACUUGCAUGUCAGUCAAGACUUAACUAAUCACAAAAUAAAUAUGUAGCUUUUUUUGUUCCUAUAUGGCAGGCUUUUCUGAAAUUAAGGUCAUUGUUUUAAAUAAUAAUAAUAAUCAAAUGGUUGAACUCAAUAUUUCCUAAAGAACUCUGCUUGCCACUUAAGGGUGUGUUCAAAUAGAUAGAAUGAUCACUGCACUCUUCAGCUUCACUGAGUGUUUUAGCUUCUUUCAGUUGAUUGUUUUGGUUUUACAGCUUGCAACUUUACUGUUCUGAUUCACUCUUCACUGCACUGAGAACUUUGUUUAGUUUUAUAGGACACUGUUUUGGAAAAGCUCUGGUAAAAUGACUGCACACUAUCUGUUUAGCGCCAAACAACAGACUGACACAGUAUGCAACUUAUUUGUUUAUAUUUCCCUAAGGAGUUGGUGGAGACCAAAACAGAGCUGAAUAUUGGGCUCACAUUGUCAGUUGGACACAAACAUGUCUCCAAAUUAAUAAUUAUGUUGCUCUGUGUCCACCGGAUGCAUACCUAAACACAUGCCUUAACAAUUUUAUAAGGUGGUAAUAUGACAAUGUUGUGUUUACACCUAGUUGUGCUGCUACAAGUAGCCAAAAAAGCAAUUAAUGCAGGUAUAAAGACCCUCGCUCUGGACAUUUUGCAGGUAUUUGAAAGUGUUUAGGGAAAGUAAGGCGUGUAUGGAAUUUUACUUUAUAGUUUUGUGAAAAGAUGGUUCUUCAACAGUCUAAGAGAGUAAUAUGAGAACACCUAGUGUGGCCAUACACACUAGCCGCAGUUAAUCAAAAACUUGAUGUGGGGAGGAGUAGUAGCUGAGUAGUAGCUCAUGUCUUUAUUUUGUGGUGAACUAUUUCUUUAAGAUUCGUGGGGUCAUAUCCACACUGAAGUAUCUGUCUGCAGAGAGUUCUGCGACACAGCGUGAUGCCAUCAAAAAUCAAAAUGUAAUAUUAAACUCAGAUGAACUUGCUUUUUGGCAGGACAGAUGUGUUUCCACUUUUUGCAUUAAGUGCUCCUAACUGAAAUGCUGUUUUACUUCCGACCGACUUCUAUCAGAAAAAUAAUAGCUAUUUGGAUAACAUUAAGGCUUAUAUUUUUUUUCAAGCAGAAAGGUCAAAUGCUAAUAUCGGCUAUUUUUCUCAGUUUUGUCAUUAAAAAUAGGAAUGAAUUAAUCAUUAAUUGGAGCCCUACCUUCAUCACGUAACCUUUUUGACUCUCUAUUAAGUCUAGUUUUAAAACCUGACAGUGACCUAGUUUUUACCCAUAACUGCUAGUUAUUGAUUGUGUGAGAAAUGUUACUGGCCAUUCAUCCGACAAUGUGUUUGUUGUGCUAAGUGGCUCCAUAGAUAAAUCCCAGAUUUCUCAAUCUGUGUUGGACACACCUACUCGUUGAAUGUCACAGGGCCAGACUCGGGGUGGCCCACACUGAUCACUGCCUUACAGGUGCAGCACCAAUAUAGCUUACUGAUGUGAACUGGCAUCCGUACCGGGGGAUAAAAGCAGCCACUCAGUUCCCCUUGGUUUGUAUCAUCUAGCCAUAUCUUUCAACCCUGGCCACAAAAUAUGUAGUCUACCUGCUUAACAACCCUUCGGACCUCACAUACUGCCCUUUUGGACUUUGUCGCUAACUGUAUUCAUUUAAAACAAUUGAUGAAUAUUAAAAAAAAACUCUACCUACUCAACAGAACCACUAAUACCCUUAAAAAAACACGUUAUUUAUAAGAAUUCCAUUAUCCUUACACUCAUUGUCCAUAUUUUCCUGUAUUAUAAACUGACUUCUUCCUUCAUCUUCCACCUCUUCAUUUGUCCUCUGUUCACCCAUCACACCGCGACUCACAUAGAUGCUGUUAGGUCACACACGAGCGUGAAAGACACUUUGACUUUUCUUUUUGUUUUGUACAGAUUAAGAUAUCACGUGUUUAGGGGCAAAUGUGGACAGUGUUCCAGACAUAUGUAGCAACUUUGUGGUAGUCAGACACGCCACAUAUUGUUUCUUUCUAAAUCUUUUAAGAGGUACGAGAUUUUUUGUUUGUCUCUACAUCAUGAUUAUAACUGUUUGGCUGUGGUUUGUUGUUUUAUUUCAUGACAUUGUGAUUCCUAGUGACUAGGCCAUUAGUACACCACACUGGGGAGGCCUCCUCAACCAUACACACUACCUCUCCGUCUGCCUACACGGACUUAAACAAUGAAAUGCAUGAACAUACAGUAUGCACUUAAUGUGCCAGGCUGCAGCAAACCAGGUUGACAGAUUGUAAAAAA